AAGGCAACUCCGAAUAGCUUCACUUCGGGGAGUCGUCGGAAAGAGCAAAUCAUGUCUGGUCGUGGCAAAGGAGGCAAGGGGCUCGGCAAAGGAGGCGCUAAGCGCCACCGGAAGGUCCUUCGAGACAACAUCCAGGGCAUCACCAAGCCCGCCAUCCGCCGCUUGGCUCGCCGAGGCGGAGUCAAGCGUAUCUCGGGGCUCAUCUACGAAGAGACGCGCGGCGUCCUCAAGGUCUUCCUCGAGAACGUCAUCCGCGAUGCGGUCACUUACACGGAGCACGCCAAGAGGAAGACUGUCACGGCCAUGGAUGUGGUCUACGCCCUGAAGCGACAAGGACGCACUCUUUACGGCUUCGGAGGCUGAGCGCCAUCUUGCAUACAAUAACUCUUAAAAGGCCCUUUUAAGGGCCGCUCAAUC